CGGAUCUUUUCGCUAAAUUUGCACAAUCUUACUCCCUCGUCCAUAAUGUCCUCCUUCGUGGCCCGAGUAGCCCUUUCUGCGCUGCUAUGCGGAAGCCUUGUGGUUGCUGACCUAGGCUGUUCAUCCUCGACCACUGUUUCAGACGUUCAAAACCAGACAUUCGAUUACAUUAUCGUCGGUGGAGGAACCGCGGGGCUCGUGGUAGCGGCGCGUCUUUCCGAAGAUUCUAAUUCAACUGUGUUGGUGCUGGAAGCUGGGGAUGCCCACCUAGACGAUCCUGAGAUCCUGACUCCGUCAAAGCUCUCGGGCAUCAUCGGAAACACAACUUACGACUGGAGCUUUCCCAUCGUACCGCAGGAACAUGCUAACGGUACAGUGAUCAACAUGUCUCGGGGCAAGGCUCUAGGCGGGUGCUCUGCUAUCAAUGCUUUGAUUUGGGAUCGUUCUGCCAAGGAAGAGUACGACAUGGUGGCGGCACUCGGAAAUUUGGGGUGGGAUUGGGACGGGUUGGAGCCAUACUAUCAGAAGGCCGAAACCUUCACUCCACCCGAUCCGGCAUUCGCCGCUGAGUGGAACUUGACCUACGAUAGUUCUCAACUGGGACAGGCGGGGCCGAUCAACGCCACCUUUAUUAACUACCUCCCGGAAUGUGAAAGGGCCGUAGAACCGGCCGGGUUGGAACUAGGAUUGGACCUCGUCAGGAAUCCAAUGGACGGUGUCACAUCCGGCAUUUGGAGAACCCCUGCGAGCAUGGAUCCCAUUUCACGGACCAGGGCAUACUCUGCUAAUAGCUACUAUACUCCCAACAGUGGUCGCUGCAAUCUAUUUGUUUUCGCCGCCGCUCACGCCACGUCGAUCCUUUGGAAUUCAUCGAACCAAACGUCGAAUGCAACCGCUAGCGGCGUAUCCUUUUAUUCGAACGGCACCAAUUACACCGUUAAUGCUUCCAAAGAGGUCAUCCUUUCCGCGGGUAGUAUCGGUAGCCCUUGGCUGUUGGAGCUCAGUGGAGUUGGGUCACCAGACUUGCUAAGCGGUCUUGGGAUUGAGCCAGUCGUCGACCUUCCAACCGUUGGCGAAAACAUGCAAGAUCACAUAUACGUCAUGGUGUCGUACAAACUCAAGGCCGGCAUCGAGUCGGUGGACGAACUCACCCUUAACGCGACAUUCGCGGCCGAACAGGACCAACUUUAUGCCGAGUCUCCCGCAUCUGGUGCCAAUGGUUACAUUGCCACGGGAAUGACGUUCCUGAACUUGCACAAAUUCAUACCGUCCUACGACGAUCUCAUCUCAAACCUCGAAUCGAAGCUCUCGUCCAAUGGUUCGACAGACCAGCAGCAGAAUCAAUUGGCUUUCGUGACCAGCAACACCUCUACGGUCGUAGAGAUUUUACUUGAGGGAGCGCAUGAAACUACGGAGGCUACCGAUGGCACCAGUUCAUACGUCACUUUCCUCACACUGAUGCAGCAGCCAUUCUCCCGCGGGUCAACUCACGCUUCCUCCGCGAGUGCCUUCGACUAUCCGACCAUCAAUCCUAAUUACUUUGACUUCGACUUCGACUUGGACGUCUUGUCCGGCGUGGCGCAGUAUGUUCGCUCAACACUCUCCAAGACCGAAGCAUGGAGCGCUGUGCUUGAAGAAGAGACAUACCCGGCAUCUGCGGUAAACUCUACUGACGAGUGGAACUCGUGGGUGAAGUCGACGUUUCAGUCACAAGGGCACACUACUGGAACGUGCUCUAUGCUUCCCCAGAGUGACGGAGGUGUUGUCGAUUCGAACUUGAAGGUGUAUGGAACCACCAAUGUCAGGGUGGUGGAUUUAUCGAUCAUGCCUCAACAGUUCUCCGGUCACCCGCAAGGGCUUGCAUAUGCGAUUGCCGAGAAGGGCGCCGACAUCAUCAAAGCGGCGAACAGCUAGAGCAGCAUGACUCCGAUCUAGUCCGGCUCGUGUCAUCCCAUCCGCUUCCUCUCACCACUCAUUUAUUCUCCCACAUUUGGUUAUAUUUAUUUACUGUGGCCUAUGGUCGCAGAACUUUUCCGUUCCUUCAUAUGCUGCUUUAUCGGACAGGUCGCAUGAUAUGUCGCGUAUGAUCAGAUGUAUAUUUUCAGUAAUAAUUAGGGUUCUUUUUUGCAUGUGCCUUCGUACUUGUCCUUGGUCGAAGCACUACAUGCUGCG